AUGACGAUGCUUGCGAUGGCGCGUGGCUCGGAAGACCGGCGCGAGGAAGAGGCGGAGGCGGAAGCGGAGGCGAGCGGGGAAGUGGACGUGGUGGGCGUGGAGGAGGCUGCCCCGGUGGACCUGACGCGGCGGCUGGGGCUGACGCGGCCGCCCGACAGGCCCGCCAUAGCGUUCUCCGUGGAAAACAUCCUCGACCCCAACAAGUUCACCGGGCGCUCCGACGUCCCGUUGAGAUACGACGAGCACUAUUGGAGGCCCCACUACGAUAGAGACGACAGUGACUCUGGUGAG